GAGCUGGGAGUGGGCCAGAUAUCCAACGACACAGCACCGAAGCACUGGACGGUAACGAGAAUGGCAGUCGAUGGCGAGCUGGUUCUGUUUCCCGACUCACUUGAGCAAGUUUACACCCAAGCCUCGGUCAACAAGCAAUCCAAGAGAUGGUCCCAGCUUACCGAAACAUUCAAGAAGUCUUACGCCCAUCCACCUCAGUUUGUUGCUCGAGCACCCGGGCGAGUUAACAUCAUUGGAGAACACAUCGAUUAUUGUGGAUUCUCCGUCUUGCCGUCUGCUAUCGAGCCUGAUCUCCUGAUUGCGACAUCGGUGGAAUAUGCGGAUGAGGCUUCUUCAGAUUUCGUCUCGAGUGAUCGGACUAUCCAAGUUCAAGCCAUCAAUGUUAACCGUUCAUAUCCCGAGGUUUCCUUCGACUAUCAACUAUCUGGAAAGAUUCCGAUCGACAAUGGGGGAUGGUCAGAUUACUUGAAGUCUGCUUUUAAUACGACUCUGGAUCAUUUGAGGAGCUCGUCAUCACAUGGAGGAAAAGUCCGGCAACCCACUUCGAUCAAAUUUCUCAUCGAUGGCACGGUUCCAGCUGGGUCGGGUCUAUCAUCUUCUGCGGCCAUCUCCACCGCAUCAGUCCUUGCGGUUCUCUAUAUCCAUCAAUCGGCCAAUCAGCACAUCCCCAAGACUCUGGCUGCGUCGCUUGCAAUCGCAUCAGAACAAGCUUGUGGGGUCAGCAUCGGCGGAAUGGACCAAACCGCAUCGGUCUUCGGACAACCCGCCAAGCUACUCCACAUUGAAUUCACACCAACGAUCAAGGUUGUUCCUCUUGAACUACCCGGUCUACCAUCGACUACAUUCAUAAUUGCCAAUAGUCUAGUGACCUCCAACAAACUAGAUUCCGCGAAGGAACAAUACAAUUUACGAGUAGUCGAGUGUCGGAUCGCCAACCGGAUCCUUUCGGAUAAAUUGUUGAAAGGGAAACAGCCAUACCCGAAGGACUUGAAAGAGCUCGUCGAGCUUUAUUCACCCAAACAGUCCAUCCCUCAUGCUAUUCAACUGGUCCUAGAUAAUCUUUCAGAUGCUCAACUCCUAGGUGGUGAUGAGGGCCUCACUCAGGACGCCGUCCUCGAAAACUUAGGGAUCAACCAAACUCAAUUCGAAGCUGAGAUCUUGAACGGAAUGGUUGUCGAACCUCGAGGCGGAAUCUUCAAGCCAUACAAUCGAGCACGUCAUGUGUUAACUGAAGCCCUACGGGUGUACAGGUUUAGAGAGCUACUGGAGAAGACUGUCGACUCGGGUAACCGUGAAGAAGUGAUCUUAAGCAUCGGUCAACUGAUGAAUGAAUCCCAAAAAAGCUGUCGGGAGGAUUACGAGUGCUCCUGCGAAGCGCUGGAUGAACUGAUAUCGAUUGCUCAAACAAACGGGAGUCUUGGAAGCCGUUUGACAGGUGCCGGAUGGGGCGGCUCCUCGGUCCAUCUAGUCCGAGAUCCCGACAUCUCGAAAAUCAUCGAGGCCUUGAAGUCCAAGUAUUAUUGCAUCAAGUUCCCUAACCUAUCGACGCAAGAGCUGGCCGAUGCUUGUUUCGCCACCAAGCCCGAGGGUGGGGCUUGUCUGUUCACCAACCUGAAGCAGGCGGAGGAUCCUGAAUACGAUUUCGAGGCCGACAUGGCUUUGUUAAAACAGGAAAUCCUGGCCUCCCACCAUCCCUCAGCCUUGAAAGGUCUGAUGAAGAAGUUACGACAGGUCCGAUCUAACACCCGUCUAGUCCCCAUCGCCAAAUAGGUCGAUACCAUCCGCAAGACUCCAUUUUAGAAGGGGUCCGCUUGCCCUGCUACUCCAUGACUGAGCUCAUUGACAUGUACGACUUAUGUAAACCUCUCUGCCUAAGUUAUCAUUUUCCUAUUGCAACUAUCCUCUUUUUUUUUCUGUACCCCGGCUUGAUAUGUAUGUUUGUAUCACCCGGAGCUAUAUGUACCUGCACGUUUCAAACACCAAUCAGCCUAGCUAAAGAUAAGGUGCAUAGGUGAUGUUCGGUCCUAGAGAUCAUCAUUAAAAUAGAGUAAAUUCCAUGUGUCUAUCGUCAACCUCAUGAUGUGGAUUCCAGUGUGUAUUGCCGGUGAUGAUUGAUGCCCGCAUUGAAGCAAGUCAUCAGUCCAUUGUGGAUCGAAAGCUCCAUCUUGCAUAGGAAACACUCAGGGAGCUAGGUUCUAUCUAGACUAUAAUAGCAAGCAGAAAUGUGGAAAUCGACCACAACUCUCAAUUUAGAUCUCUAGAUCCAAUCAUCCAGUGGAUGCUCCAAUUUAGACAUUCCGCAGAAUACGG